AUGCAACGCCUGCGACCUUCAAUAGCGGUUUCAAUCAUUCGUCGUUAUGUCUCAGACACAAGACAUACCGGAAACCCGACGUCCUCACGACCAUUGGUGCUGGACCAUAUCUUUGACAACAUUGUGAAGCCACACCCAGCUUCUCCCGCGAAAAGCCGUCAACAACCUGAGCAAACGAAUUCUCCUCACCCUGCAAUCUGGCAAACAUGGGGAAGACUCAAUAAUGCAUUAUAUGCAUCGGAGCAGAAAGUGUCGAAACCGGAGGACUUGUGGCGGGCAUACUCCGGACGACGCAUGGCUGAGAUCCAAAAGUUGCAGCAGGAGCGAGCACACGCUGGAAUGUACUGGGGUCGCUCAUUUCCUGUCACCAAUGGAAAUUUUAUAGCAGCUUACUCCCGCGUGAUGACUACGCUCCGGGAUAAUAGGGUUCGCCAGGAACAACGACUGGCGGAACGUUUUGAAAAACCCACCGAUAAGAGACGAAGACUGAAGAGUGAGCGUCACAGAAGAAGAUUCGCGGAGAUGAUAAGUCAGAAAGUCAAAAUCGUCCGCGCGAUACGCGAACGUGGCGGAUGA